UCUGUGCAGCCAAACCGUUCACAUGCCAAAGCGUUUUCUGGGGGUUGUUGAGAAGAAAGAAAAGAAAAAACAGUUGAAAACCUUCUUGGCCAAUCCCCAUGAGACUCUACCUUCUGUUGGUGGAGUGCUAUAAAGAUAGCUCUGAGAAUUCCAAAGCAGAACGCAGACAGUGAAACCCUUUUGUGUGUGAAGUUGAGACAGUUAAGAGAGUGAAGACACAUGUAGACUUGCUUACAAAGGAAGGUAAAACAACAAAAUGGCUGUGUUGGGACUAGAGAUCUUGGGGGUGAUCCUGGCUGCCCUGGGUUGGAUAUUGAGCAUCGUGUCCUGCGCCCUGCCCAUGUGGAGGGUGUCCGCUUUCAUCGGGGUCAACAUCAUCACGGCUCAGACCAUCUGGGAGGGCAUCUGGAUGACCUGUGUGGUGCAGAGCACGGGCCAGAUGCAGUGUAAGGUCUACGACUCCAUGCUAGCCCUCAGCUCCGACCUGCAGGCAGCCCGAGCCCUCACAAUCGUCUCUAUAGUUGUGGGCAUCAUGGGGGUGCUGGUGGCCGUGGUGGGGGCUAAGUGUACCAACUGUGUUGAGGACGAGACGGCCAAGGCCCAGGUGAUGAUCGCAGCGGGGGUGGCCUUCAUCGUAGCAUCCCUGACCCAGCUGAUCCCUGUGUCCUGGUCAGCCAACAGCAUCAUCAUGGAUUUCUAUAGUCCCAUCACUCCUGAGGCUCAGAAAAGGGAGAUUGGUGGGGCUCUCUACCUGGGCUGGGCAGCAGCCGCAUUUCUCCUCAUCGGGGGGUGCAUCCUGUGCUGUAGUUGCCCCCCACAGCCUGAGAAGAGGUAUGCAGGGCCGCCCUCGCGGAUGGUGUACUCCCCAACCAGGUCUGUGGCCCCCAGCGGCUAUGACAAAAGAGACUAUGUUUGAACUGACCUGGAUAUCUGGCAGCAGCUACUUUCUGCUCACGUUUUUCCGACAGUGGAUGAAGGACAUCUGAUACUAACUUUGAAUUCCAGAACAUAUCAAAUGGGGGUGAUUUCUACUGAAACUAUUUUGUUAUAUGUUUUGACAUGAAGAAAAUACUGCUUUUUAGUGGAUCAUUUUUGAUGGUGCAACACCAAACUGGACUUGAUGUACUUGUAUUUCAUACUGUAUGCCUAUUUAAAACAUACAUAGGUUUGUUUUUGUUUUAGAAUCUUAACAUUUGAAAGGAGUUUAAUUAAAACCAUCUGCAUUGUUAGAUUUUAUAUUCUAUAGAGUGAAUUAAUAACAGCUUAUGUUGUGCAUAUGUUGGAUAACAAUAUGCCAAAUACUGACAGUUUAGCAUCUUUCGUUAAGUGUGAAAAUAUAAAGUAUUUUGAUGUUUAAAGUGUGUCAAUUUCACAAUAAAAACUGGUUCAUAAUA